AUGGCCCAGUCGUCGCAUCCGUGCUCACACAAGAUGGCGAGCAACAACAUCCCCAAACCAAAUUCUCCCGCCGUUCUUUCGACGCCCCCGAGCUUCAGGAGUCGCCAUGAUUCCAUCAAUUCAAUAUCUACGGCUUCGCAGGCCGACAAAGAUCAGCUGGCACAUACUCUCAACAGGAUCCAUACGUCAGCAAGCCAGUCCGACUCCUUGACAACGUUCAACGACUUCGCUCCUCCGCCCGUGUCUCUUCCGGCGGCAGAAACAAAGGUCCUGGCGGGAGAAUUGGUCCAGAAUGGGCUCAGCGGGCUCUACAGCCGCCUGAAGGAGGCCGUUGGUGCCGUCGGUGCCAGACAGCAAGACGCGGACGAUGGUGAUAGCUUCGACGCUGCUUCAAAACGCAGCACCAGCACCUCGGCCACCACCCCGAAGAUACCGAUCGCCUCGCUCGCUCGAGCCGAAACCGCUGCUACGGGCUCGUCGUUCAACUCGGGAACGACCCACGACAGCCCCAUGACCGCCACGUCGUCGGGAAUCAACACUGCCAUGUCUGAUAGUCAGCCACACCCACCACAGUCGUCCAAGGCCACCUCCAUUUCCGCCAUGACAGCCUCCAAGUCGAGUGCUUCUAGCCGACAGACCAUACCUAGUGUAGCAAAGGCCUCCGCCGUCACUGCCAUCAAUCCCGAGGUUGCCCCGGCUACAGCACCGAGAAGCGUGGCGCGAAUGGAUGAUGGGCCAGGCCGGUCAUCCGGAAGACGAAGUAUCAGUAAACAGCCUGAUCCCCGGCCGCUCGUCAUCGGUGCCGAGAGCUUGCACAAGUUCGACGUUCUGGAGCCCAAACACGGUGGAGGCACCGAUCGAAGCUAUACGAGCGGCCGGCCGAGACGCGAAGACGUCGCUGUGGAUGGCCCUGCGGACAAGGCCUUGAGUCCGAUCAAGACCAAUGCACCCCAGUUGCCCAAGUUGCAAACGACAGACCCGCGUUCUCCCGUGUCCUCCACUGCGUCUAUGAUGCUUGCGCCCAAGAGGCCGGCUGUCAUUGACCGCAUUAGUCGCUCCAGGUCGCCGGGCUACGCGCCGUCAAGGUCGUCGUCAAUGGAGCAUGUCACCGCCGAGCCUAGUCCGAUCAGUACGACUGCUCACGACUCUGUUUAUCACGACUCCUUCGCCCACGACUCCCAGCCCAAGCAUGGAAGAACCGGUGCCCUGCGUAUUCCGGGCACGACGACUAAUGAGGGCGCGCCUGAUCAGGUGAACGCCAGGCUUGAUAGGAUGCGGAGGCAGGUGUUGAGCAAAGAGUUCUGGAUGGCUGAUGAAACGUGCAAAGAAUGUUUCAUAUGCGGCCAGCCAUUCUCGGCCUUUAGAAGAAAGCAUCACUGCCGGACCUGCGGCUGCAUCUUCGAUUCCAAAUGCACAUCGAUCAUUCCAGCUUCAAAAUUUGGAAUGACUGGGACGCUGAGAGUGUGCAAAACUUGCUUGAAGGUCAUCAACCAGCGACUUUAUGAAGGAAGCGGCUCUGACGACUCUGGAGACGACUCGUUCCUACCAGCAUUCUUUCGCCAAACCAAGGCAACCCCAAAGGUCACGCAGGCGGAGGCCGAGCCCGAAGAGCCCAGCUUUGCUGACCGAAUGGAAGAUUUGGGCGACUCCAGAUCUGUCCAAACACCCAUGAUGGCAAUCCCUGCGACCAGGAGAAUCAACGAUUCCAAUCGAAACUCGGCAAUUCUGGAGAUUGACGCUCCACAACUCAGCCGUCCCAGCUCCUCUCGGUCUUUGAGAUCACUAACGUCGGCGAAUCGGCCCCAGUCAUCAGGACAUAGGCGGCAUCACUCAAAGCAUCACAAUAAUUUCAUGGCGAGGUUCAAGCCAAUGCCGGACGACAGGGCACCGUUCCGCAAAGGGAUUACGGAGGAGAUGGCCAAAAAACCAAAGUAUCCUGCCUUCCACGACGACAACAUCAUCGACCCUGAGUUGGCUGCCUAUAUGUCAGACGAGUCCAGCGGUGAUGAACAGAUGAGCAUAUUUGCCACCAUGUCAAACGCCGACUUACAGCCGUCUAGCUACGACCAUGAAAAAUCGAGUUUUGGACCGUUUCUCAGCACAGGGCGAAGGCACCGCCUUGGCCGCGGUGAAAAGAGUGUCAGUGGGUUGAGCUUCACAAGCCGUGGGAUGGAUGACAACGCUGGUUCCGGAAGCAUCAUUGGUCACAACCGCCCAGGGAGGAGACGCAACCUGAGCAACGUGAGCCACCAGAUGCGUUCCCCGCGCCCCAAGUCCGGCAUCUUCAACAAGGGCCCUUCGGUAUCAAACGAGAACAUGUUUGCAAUCGAAAACCCAGCGAUUGAGGCUACGAAGCUGACGAGAAGCGAAUCGAUGCAAGCAGACAAACAGCCGCAGGUGGAGCUCAACCCAUCUAGCAUGCUGCAUGUGAAGAGGUUGUUGCAUCAGCUACUCGAGGACUCGGGCAUACCGAACGUGCCUGCAUGGGAAAGGGCUUUGGUUCCCAUCCUGCUCCAGUGCACUGACGAUGUGACCCCUGACAUCAGGGUGGGAGACGACAUGGACAUACGGCACUACGUCAAGCUUAAGAAAAUCCCGGGAGGUAAACCAGGCGAUACAAGCUACGUUUCGGGUGUCAUUUUCACAAAAAACCUCGCCCUCAAGAGCAUGCCCCGGCGCAUUCUCAAUCCCCGCAUAGUCAUCGUUUCCUUCCCGAUCGAAUAUCAGCGGCACCAGCAACACUUCAUGAGCCUACAGCCAGUCAUCGAACAGGAGAAAGAGUUUUUGCGGAUUGUCGUCAACCGCAUCAUCAACCUUCGUCCCCAACUACUUCUUUGCGAAAAGUCCGUUUCGGGUGUUGCGUUGCAGUAUCUGUCAGAGGCUAACAUUGCUGUUGCCUACAACGUCAAGCCUUCAGUCAUCGAAGCAGUAUCACGCUGUGCAGAGACUGACAUCAUCUCCUCUCUCGACAUGCUGGCUCUACAGGUUCAAGUCGGUCGGUCUGGUGGUUUCGAAGUCAAGACCUAUGUUAACAAGAACUACCCCGGGAAGAAAAAGACGUACAUCUUUCUAUCCGGAUGUUCUGAGAAAUUGGGGUGCACCAUCGCUCUCCGCGGAGACUCGACGGAGGUUCUUUCGAAGAUGAAAAAGAUCACCGAGUUCAUGGUCUAUGUCGUCUACAACUUGAAGUUGGAGACAUGCCUGAUGAGAGAUGAGUAUAUCCAACUACCCGCUGAACCAGAAGAGUCGCCAUCACUGGCAUCAUCCCUUCGCCAGCACCCAGAAGAUGCCCCUCGCUCUCUUAGCGCGUCAACGGAGAUUGGAAAGAAUGGUCCGCAGAUCACCAAAACAUCACCCACCGACUCUGAGCUCCCGUCUCAAACGAGUGACGGCACAUCUUUGGUCACUGCUGAAGGGACCGUGUCGUCCGAUCAAACCGAGGAGCCAGCGACGGAGGAACGGCCCACUCUUUUAUCUCUUCACGCGUCUCAUGUUCCGCCCACGUCUCCCGAGUCUCAAGUGCCAGAAGACGUGCCGAUGCCGACAUACUAUAGCGAUAUGGUGGCGAGAUACGAGACAAAGAUUUUGUCGGCGUCCCCGUUCGUCAAGUUCGCUCAGCCUUACUUGCUCAUGAAGGCAAGAGAGCAGGAGCGGAGGCUCGUUUACCUGAAGCGUUUGCGGGACCAGGACGUAGUAGAAGAGCAGAUCGACGCUGAAAAGUCCAAGUCGCAGAAGUUCCAGCUCAUCAAACCUGAAAUGGUCCACGCCAUUGGUCAGAAGGCGCCACGGCAGGUCAUGGAGAUCUUACAUGCCGUCCACGAUGCCGAAUACGACAAGGCUCUGUACAAUUACCAGACCCAAACAAGGCAGUGGGAGAACUACAUUCAGGGCAACCUUGAUCUGUUCGAUCCCUAUUCCCACCAGAAUAUCGUCGUGCUGUAUUCGGUCAUCUGCUCAGAGACAAAGAUCCCCUGCUCCGAACCAGGGCUAAUUGCAAUCGCAUUUUACGAUGAGCACGUUGACGAAAGCGGCAGCAUGGAUCCGGACUGCACUCUCGGCCAAUAUAUCGAAGACUUGUGCAUUAGCAAGGACUCGAUCUGUACCUCCAACGGGUGCGACCGAAAGAUGACAGGGCAUCAUCGUACUUAUGUGCACGAUGAGUCGCGAGUCACUAUAUUCGUUGAGCCAGCAGCCAAAAGGCGCAACUUGGACGGCAUCACAAUGUGGAGCUACUGCAAAACGUGUAAAAAGGACUCUCCUGAGAUGGGCAUGUCUGACAGCACGUGGAAGUACUCUUUUGGCAAAUACCUCGAGCUCCUCUUUUGGAGCAGGGGCCUGCGGCUCCAUGAGAUCACUGGCUGCCCUCAUGAUCAUCAUCGCGACCACAUUCGAUACUUUCACUUCCGCGACACUUGGGUCCGGAUCCACUACGACCCUAUCGAUCUCCUCGAAAUCAUCGUCCCAAGAGCUCGUAUCACCUGGAAGGUUGAGAACGAUCUCAAGCUCAAAAACGAGAUUUUCAACAAGAUUGAGGAGCGUUGGGCUCGUUUCAUUAAUUCCGUCAAACUUAGACUCAAGAGCAUACGCAUUGACAGCGUCUUGCCCGAGAAGGCGGAUGCGUGUAAAGCCGAGGUCGACAGACUCGCCAAAAAGGCACAUGACGAUCAAGUCGCCUUGAUACGCAAACUUCAGGAGACAUACGUCAAUUCCAAGUACUACGAGGUCAUCCCGUUCAAUGCCAUUGUGAGGGAGAUGCUGGAGAAGGCUGGUGACUGGGACGCCUCGUUCACAAAGUUCGAGACUGAUUUCCUGCCCGACAAGGACUUGCGGCAGUUGACGAUGAUUCAACUUAAGAAAAUCUUUACCGACAAUGAGUCGAGGGAGUCUCUUCCCUCAAUAGAUGGCAACUCAACUGUUGAUUCCGGGGAGCCCCCCUCUCAGACAUUCUCUGACGCAGACGAGAAAGUUUCAACCCAACCCACGGAUCCAACAGAGCCGAACCAAGAAGGGGCUACAGGGCCAGCCGAGGAAGAGCAUGGGAAACAGGUAGAGCCCGGGCAGGAGGGUCUGGAAGAAAAAGAAGCCUGUCUGUCGUCAGAGCCUGAAAAGGAAGCUGAGCAAGUCGAAACAAAGGAGGACACCGCUGGCAGGGAGGUUCCUGAAUUGUCUUCGGAAGCUAGCAAAAGUGACACACCGAACGACACUGCGCUGCACAGAGUGGAAUCCCUAGACUUGGCCACCACUCCGAAUUCGCCGAAAGCCAAGGGGCUCUUUCCCUUGGCCCCCAUCAACCCGGUUGGGGAGACGUCAGCAACUGCUAGCAAUGCCGAGCCGACGUCCCCUAUCGUGGCUAGGCCACCGCUUUCGACAGCAUCAACCAACAUCUCCCUUUCCGAGAAGGUCGAGCAACUUCGCCGUGAGCAACAGAUCAUGGGUGCCGAAACAUCCCAAGGCGGUGAGCCAUCUGAGGCGUCAAAAGCAAAUCUGGAACGAGCUUUGGCUCGCAGGGCUCCGAUGGUUAGGACCCUAUCGCAGCCGGCGCAAACGUUACCGAGGUCCCAGUCUAGCUUUGCCAAAUCAAUCGUGCCGAAGGAUACUAUGGGAGCCAACGAUGCCUCGAGUGAAACGUCAUUCAAGGUAGAUAAAAAACCGUUUGACCGGUUGGCAUUGGGAAUGAAAAGUCAUAGGAAGGCUGGCCCCUCUUCCAUCCCUCGGCUUAUCACCAAGAAGAAAGAUACCCACGUGUCGUCUCAGGUAUCUCGGAUCGCACGGCAUUUUGAACAGUUGAGUCGCGAGUUUGAGAAAGAAAGGCAACGGGAGGACCGCAGGAAGCGCCUUGCCAAGGGCCAUCAACCUCGUGCAGGUUUGCCACGCUCAGCCACCAAGGCCAUUGUGGAAGUCUACCACAAUAUCGACAAUGCCGUACAAGAACCUGGGCCGUCGAAUAGCAGCGAGAUCAAGAUUCUCGAGCCCAAGACAGCGCCAGUCACCCCAGCACCUUUGGGGACUGUGCAAACGGAACCCGACAUGAUGCCACCCAUGGAAGAGUCGCACCCCGCACCAGAGGCUCCUCCUCUGACUGAAGAGCAUCAUGUCGGCGGGGAGACUGACGAUACCGCGACCGUCACUGCUAGCCACGGUGGAUCCGAUGACGAGGGGCAGAGCGAUACUGAGCAGUCCAUUCUGGAUGAUCUGCUGCCCGACGUCAAAGAAUUGGCCGACUCUCUUGAGCCCAGCACGGAAAUUCCCCUGGAGCUGCCAAAGCAUCAAAAGACCAGCUUGAUGAAGAUGCUCACCAACUUCUGGGCUGAACGGUCUGCGAGUGGUUGGCCCCAGCUGGACUAUCCAGUCAACGCAAGCGAUCACAUCUUCCUGGAUUCCGAUGUGAUUGUCAGGGAGGACGAACCUAGCUCCGUGAUCGCAUUCGCCCUAAGUUCCGAUGACUACCGCACAAAGUUGACCGACAUCCGCCGCCAAGAACGCAUGGCGAUGCAAAAGGAUUACGAGCCCAACUUUGACGGCAGGUCUUCAGGGCUGUCUGACACUGGUGGCGAAUUCAUGAUGGAAGAGGGCGAGCUGGAGAAGAGUCUGCUCAGAGCAACAGGCACACAUCUGAAAUACCAGUUCAAGGAAGGGUCUGCAACCAUGCUCUGCAAGAUCUUCUAUGCCGAACAGUUUGAUGCGCUGCGUCGCAAAUGCGGCGUUGCAGAUCGAAUCGUCGAAUCCCUCUCUCGGUGUUUGAAGUGGGACUCCAAGGGCGGUAAGACAAAGUCGGUCUUCCUCAAGACCCUCGACGACCGCUUAGUUCUCAAGGGCCUAUCACCGAUUGAGACAUCGGCUUUCCUGCGAUUUGCACCAGCUUACUUUAGCAUCAUGGCAGAGGCUCUGUUUCAUGACUUGCCCUCUGUCAUUGCCAAGAUGCUGGGUUUCUUCCAGCUAAUUAUCAAGAACCCAGUCACCGGCGUCGAGAUUAAGCUGGACCUGCUACUCAUGGAAAACCUAUUCUAUGAUCGCGGCCCGACACGGCUCUUUGACCUUAAGGGUUCUAUGCGCAAUCGCAAGAUUCAGUCCACGGGCGAGCAGAACGAGGUUCUCCUGGAUGAAAACAUGGUGGAGUUCAUCUACGAAUCUCCUUUGUUUGCUCGCGAGCAUUCCAAAAAGCUUCUGAGAGCAUCCGUCUGGAACGAUACUCUGUUCCUCGCAAGGCAGAACGUCAUGGAUUACUCCUUGAUGAUUGCUGUAGACGAGGCCAGAAAGGAGCUGGUCGUUGGUAUUAUCGAUUGUAUCCGGACGUACACAUGGGACAAGAAGCUCGAAAGCUGGAUCAAGGAUCGUGGGUUUGCGGGCGGUGGCAGAAAUCGUCCGACGGUGACGAGUCCCAAGGAGUACAAGUCACGUUUCCGGGAGGCGAUGGCCAGAUACAUUCUCCAGGCGCCAAAUUGCUGGCACCAGUUCGGCGUGCCCCAACUCAACAACACUAUGAGGACGCGGUUCGAAUCAGAUGCGAAGGCUGAGUAG